UGCACACAGUCGCGAAUAACUAGCAUCUACUGUUGAAGAGACGUGAUGGCUGUGGCAGAUCCCGAGUGUGGAAUAUCAAACGGCGCGGAUUCCGCCUCCCCGUUUUCUGAUAUUAUUGAACUAAAUGUGGGAGGACAAGUGUAUGUGACACGGCACACGACUUUAAUAGCCGUACCGGAUUCUCUCCUGUGGAACAUGUUUAGUAAGAAAACACCGACAGAGCUGGCACGGGACAGCAAAGGUCGCUUCUUUCUGGACAGAGACGGCUUUCUUUUCCGCUACAUUUUAGACUACCUACGGGAUCUAAAUCUGGUUUUACCAGACUAUUUUCCGGAGAAGAGCAGAUUACAGCGGGAGGCUGAGUUUUUUAAGAUACGGGAGCUGUUCAAGCUCUUGUGUCCCAAAAUGAGUAAAGACAACUCCAUCACCGAUGAGAUCUGCCAGAGUGACUCGGAGGAGCCGAGCGCGCCCCCGCUGCUGGGACCCGACGCCUCGCGCACGCUGUCCGUCGCCAGCGGCGCUCAUUCACCUUAUCUGGAGUCCAAAAAGUCGGGCUACAUCACAGUCGGUUACCGGGGCUCAUAUACAAUCGGUAGAGACAUACAGACAGACGCCAAAUUCAGGCGGGUCGCGAGAAUCACAGUGUGCGGGAAGACUUCUCUGGCUAAGGAGGUGUUCGGAGACACUUUGAACGAGAGCAGAGACCCGGACCGACCUCCAGAGAGGUACACAUCGCGCUAUUAUCUGAAAUAUAAUUUUCUCGAGCAGGCGUUCGACAAGCUGUCAGAGUUUGGUUUCCAUAUGGUCGCGUGCAGCUCUGCCGGCACGUGCGCUUACUCCAGCAGUGACCCAAACGAGGACAAAAUCUGGACAAGCUACACAGAGUAUGUUUUCUGUCGAGAAUGAACCAAAAUGUGUUGCAUUCGAUUGUGUAUAUAGGCAUUCCACUACAAGAGUAAAGUUUCAGCCUAGUCUAGGAGUGGUGUGGAGUGCUUCACAAAUUUCUAAUUGUGUGCAUCAUAGAACUGGCUUCGAGACUUUAACAGCCUGCUACAUGCUUUUACGAAUGCAGAAUAACGGCUAGCUAUCAUUGUACUUCCCUUCAUAGCUUCAUAUGUUUGCAGAUAGUCUUUUUCAGAUUUGAGGGUCUAUUUGUAUAAAG